UCGAAACAAAAUUAACCAAGAGAAAUAAAACAAGGUUGCAUCAUCAUAAACUUUGAAAUUGAAAUGAGCAACGGUCCCGGUAUCUACCAUGGUAUUGGCAAGAAAGCCAGAGAUCUUCUGUACAAGGAUUAUUUUCAGCAACCACCAAUUCACUUUCACUACCAAAUCCUGGACUGGAGCUUUAAUUUGUCCUGUCAAAUUAAUGAGAUUGUGCCUGGACUUGGGACAGAUUUUAGAUUUUUCAUACCUUAUCAAAGGUCUAACAAGGUGGAACUGAGAUACUUACAUGACUAUGUCGGGGUUACUGCAGGCAUCAGUUUGGCAACAAGACCUAUACUAGAUUUCUCAGGCGUGGUCGGUAGCAGCUUUUUCUCCAUUGGAACAGAACUCGCAUUUGAUAGCGCAACAGCAACUUUGGCCAAAUGCAAUGCUGGUUUUACCUUGAACAGUCCCAUCCUCAUUGCUUCCUUGAGCUUGAAUGACAAAGCUGAUACUCUGCGUGCUUCUUGUUAUCGCUCACUGAAUCCUCUUACCAGCACUGCUGUUGCAGCCGAGCUAACUCACAGAUUCUUCAGCAAUGAGACAGUACUUAGUUUGGGCACCCAGUAUGCUUUGCUUCCCAUUACAACGGUGAAAGCUCGACUGACCACUAACUUCAAGGUAGGUGCCCUUAUACAGCAGCAGUUAUGGUCACCACUUCUCUUAACUAUAGCUGGAGAGGUGGACUUCAAGGCUGUAACUAAUAAGGCUAAGCUAGGGCUGUCUUUGGCUAUUAGACCCUAGAAGAUCAAGCAACCCUAGAAGAUCAAGCAACUUUGUUUUUCUUUUUCUUUCUUAUAUACCAUGGGGGUAAAACAUAUAAUUGUUGGAAGAACAAUAUUGCAUGAGCCCAGUUUCUUCCACUUUCUACAAGGGAAUGACCCUUCUUUCCCCAUUCUACCAUAUCAUAAGAGUGCAAAGUUAUGACCCUUUUAGUACGUUAUAUAUAUAUAUAUAUAUAUGAAAGCUAGAAAAUGUUUACCUAUCAGGAAAGCAGAUAAUAAGAUGUUGGGCUCAAUUGGUGCUAUAUAUAAUGAGAUGUUUUAUUUGGAGAAUCUCAUGGAGAAGGACCAAAAAAACAUUCCUUUU